AUGUCUGCAGCAGGAAAGGGGACGGAUAUUUUCCAGCAGAAGAGCUGGAAGAUGGAUCCAGAAAGAUAUUCUUCUGACGACCCUGCCUCUCCUGUGAAGCUCUGCUUUGUGACCGUUGGCGCGACGGCAUCCUUCAACACGCUUGUUCGGGAAAUCUUAAGUGCGGAUUUCCUGGAGGCCUUGCGAAAGCAAAGCUACACUCAUCUUCUUAUCCAGUUCGGCCAGCUAGGAUACGAAGUUUUCAACACGUUUAAGAAUACCAGCGGGCCAGAUCUCAAAGAGAAGUUCGGGCUGGCUAUCGACGGAUUCGACUAUAAUGUGGAUGGUUUGAAGCAAGAGAUGAUGGCGAUAAAGGCCAACCCAGGUCUGCACAGACUUGAAGGAGUGAUAAUCAGUCAUGCAGGCUCUGGAACAAUCCUCGAAGCUAUGCGCUUCGGUGUCCCUACAGUUGUAGUACCGAAUCCUGAACUCCUACACAACCACCAAGUUGAACUCGCUCAGCAACUGUCGUCUGUUGGUUAUGUUAUGCAUGGCAAACUAGGAUCGCUUGCUGGCCUUGUGGCAGAAGUAGAAGAUUUCCGUACUAAGCUCCAUUCGUGGCCUCCCGUCGACAGCCAUGAGGGAGAGCCUGGGAGAGGCUUGACUGGGGUUAUGGAAGAUGAACUUGGAUUCGUUGAUUGA